AUGCCUCUAUCACUGGUAAAAAAAUCAGCACGUUUGCUCGAGCCGUAAUGGAGAUAUUCGAAUUUCUUAUCGCACAGUUAUUUAUGGACCACCCUGUAUUUAUUAGAUGAACUGCUAUUUAAUAAAAAUGAAACAAUAUAUUUGAAUAAGUAGGUGCUUUCUAGGAAGUUGUUUUUUUUUAUACCAGACGUGCAGUAUUUAAAAGAGGGUCGAUGAAACUGGAUAGAGGAACGAGGGGUGAAAAAAUGCGAUUUUUGUUUGGACGUUUGUUAUGAAUUGAUCCCUUAUAUUCAAUGUAUAAUUUGUUUUUUUCCUAGUCGACGAUCUUUUCAUAAUGAUUUAAUUGUUUAUCGUUUUAAAAAUAUUUAUAGAGUAACAUCAUAUAAGAUCUUUUCUCUUCGGUCACCCAUUGUUAAUCGAACUAAUUAUCGCUGGCCAAAAAUUGAUAUAUUUACAUAUGCAGAAAAUUCAACACAUAUAUAUGCAUAUCCAAAACAUCACCAUAACCUUGGUACAAUGAAUUUUAUAGCUAAAAGCAAUGUUGACCCUAUUUAUUUGCGCAUAUUAGGUCCAUUACUUGUACCCAUUCCACGUGAUCUUCAUUUAUCACUAAAAGCAAUGAUUAAAUUAGGUCGUUCAAAUGUAUUUUAUGCUUGUGAAGGAAAUACAUUUUUACAUCGAUAUAAUCGUGGUCCAACAGAAACUUGGCGUGUACCAUGUAAAGAAUUACAUAAUUCAUAUCCAUUUGUUAAAAGUGUACGUAAUAUUUCAACAAGUUUAUGUUUUGAAGAACUUAAAUUUCCCCAUUUAAAUCAAAGUCUCAGUUUAUAUAAAUAUCGAUGCGAAGAAGAUUUACAAAGGACAUUAUAG